ACUGUCGCUGUGUCAGUCUGCAUAUAAUUCCAUAGUAAAAAAGUGUCAUAUUACUUGAGAAUAUUAAUUAAUAGCAAUUGAUAUUCAAAAUAAGGUGGAUUGCUUCAGAGUUAUGCGUAUAACGAUCCGUAUAAAAACAAUCGUAGAAUGAAAAAACGAACAGCGCGGAUGGUUUAUAGUAUUUGCUUUCCGUCCGUGGCAUAAGGAACAAUGGAAAUUGUCUCAGACGAGCGAACUUAUACCGAAGACGUUAGCCCAGAUUCUAAGCUUCAAAAUUCACCUCAAGUUUAUCAGAAGCAGAAUCAACACUCGCUCCCCAAUGAUAUGAGUAAACAAGGAUUUGUGCAGCAGACUCGAGUGGCUGCUGCCUCCGGCGUCAGUUCACAACAAAAUAUGUUUCCGCCUCAACAAAAUGUAAGAUCUCAAACAAGCAAUUAUUUCAAUAACAACCCUCAGAAUGUGCCAAAUAGAAAUUAUGCCCAGCUUCAACAACCAAGAACAACUUAUGUCUAUGGAUUGCCUCAGACAACCCAAUCAUAUGCAUCAUCUACUCUAAUGAGCCCUACCCAAGUGAUGCCUUAUGCAUCAUCUGGUCAAAGAAUACCAACACCCCCAUUCUCGAACCAGCCUCAGCAAACUUUCCAGAUGGCUGCAGCUGCUACAAACCAGCCGUUUUAUCCUUCUGCUGCACCAGGUGCAAUGUAUUAUCCUAAUUACCCGAUGCCAAGGACCCAACAAAGAAAACGAGGCAGCAGUAAAAUAAAAAUAGUUGAUCCAAGUACUGGCAAAGAUAUUUCUGAUGAAAUUAGGAGUACUAGGCAGGCACCUGAUGGUUCAGGGGGCGGAUCAGGUGGUGGUGAUAUGCGUGCACAGUUUGCAGCACAAGUUGCAGCUACAUUAAAAUCACAAAAUCAAAAUUUCCAGCUUACGUCUCUUCAGAUGCCAGGAGGUCCAGUACAACAGUUACCAUCUCAUCAUCAAGCUACAUCUCAGAUUGCACAACCACCUCUGGCUGUUCAACGCCCAGUAACACCACAAGGACAGCGAAGGCAGACUAGUAAAAGCCCUCCUGGUGGACAGCUUGAAUCUACAAAUGUUAUGAAUGUAGCAAACUUUUCUGGUAAUCCACAAAAGAUACCCGAGAAUUCUUGCAUCAAAUAUAUGCCUCAAAUGUCUUCUCAGGCUCAAGAUCUGGUACCUAAUCAGCCACAUACUACACCUACGCAGCUCUCACCUCCAGUUUCGCCACCUGCCCAACAGACAGUUAGUCAACCAAAGCAUCCACCACAGAUGUUCAAAAAUUCCCAGCCAGCUCAUUCCUUGCAAAUACAUCCUCCACCAUCACAGCCCGCAUCAUUGCAGGUCUGUCCUAUGCAGCAAUCGCAAAUGUCUGAGCAGCAGCCUGUUCAACCAAGAAUUAAUACUUCAAUGCCUCAAGCUUCGAAACGAGGGUUGUCACCAGCAACCCAAGUUCCUUCAUCUGUAUGCCAACCUCAAACUCUGCCACAUCAACCCCCUCAAUUCAUUGCAAAUUCACUGCCUUCACAAGAGAUUCAACAAACAUAUUUGCAGCAAAAAGUUUCUCAUGAAGUGAUUCAAAAUUCCCUGAUGGCACCAGUGCCAAGUUUGCAGCAACAGCAAUUUAAUUCAGCACUUGAUUUAGAAAACCCAGAAGGAAUUGUUAAAACUGAGUCUUAUAAUGAAGUUGUUUAUCCAGCAGUUUCAACAUCAGGAGCCUUAAAAAAAGAUGAUUCCCCAGAUAGACAUCUGGAUGAUUCUUCACAACUGGUUGCCCACCCGCAACCAUUGCUAUCAAAACAACCCUUACCUGAAGCUCUACCACCAGAUACUAAUCAGCAAGAGCCUGUACACACAGAGGCAGUGAAACCAGUAAAUAUCGAAUCAGAUGAUGUGGUAAAUGAAACUAAAGAAGAGCCCUUGAAAAAAGAACAGCCUCCUGCUUUGAAUGAAGAAGAGAAAAUAGAAGUUGAUACUGAAAAGAAUGUUGUCGGUGGUGAAAAUAUUUCUGAAACGAAAGUAGUAGUUGAUGAGAGUGAAAGUGCAAGUGUUCAGCCACCCCCAGAAAACUCUGCAGAAGAAACUACAAAGGAUUCAAAGAAAGAAAAGACAAAAGUAAAUGAGACAUUAAAUGUUGGGAAAACUAAAGAAGCUGAAAAUGACAAUGUUGAGAAACCAGAGAAUACCGAAACCGAAGAAGUUAAAGACCCUGUGAAACAAUCUGAAACUGCCAAUGUUAUAGAGAAGGAAGAAAAGGUAGCCGAAGAAGCAAAAGAUGUAACGAGCAUUGUAAUUAAUAUUGAAGAUAAGGUUGUUGCCGAUGAGAAUGAGAAGAAUGAAGCAAAGAACAUUGAAGAUGCUGCUGAGGAAUCUGAUGAAAGCAUCUUAGGAUACAAGUACAAAGAUGACCAAUGGAGUCCUUUACAUCCCGAACGAAAGAAGCAGUAUGACCGAGACUUUCUAUUAAAAUUGCAGUUUGCAAAUGAAUCUGUUUUAAUGCCACUGGGACUCCCUGACCUGCCUGAUGUUAUAUUAACUAAACCACAUGAGCCAGAAAGAAGUUUUGAAAAGGUCCCUGGAUCUGGUUCUUUUGAAAGUGUUUUUGAUUUUACACCAAAAUAUAUGAGGGCAUCUAAAACUACUGGAAAUGUUAGAAAUAUUCCCAAAAGAGGUAGCCAGCAAGGGGGCGCACGUAAAGAAGUAAAGAAAAUAACUGGAGUCAAUUUAUCGACUGAGGUGCCACUAAAAAGAUGUGAUAAUGCUUGGAGACCAACACAUAAACAUAAUAAGGAGGAGGAAGAUGAUGAUGAGGAUGAUAUCAAUAAGAAAGUCAGAAGCAUUUUAAACAAGUUAACACCCCAGAAAUUUGAAGUCUUGCUGUCCCAAAUCAAAGAAAUAAACAUCAAUACUGAAAAUAAGCUUAAAAUUGUAAUUGGCUUAUUAUUUGAGAAGGCUAUUAGUGAACCCAGCUUCAGUGUUGCGUAUGCAAAUCUUUGCAAUUGUCUUGUAAAAAUAAAGGUCCCUUCAUCAUCACACCAAGGCACAGUGAACUUCCGAGAUACUUUAUUAAAUCGAUGUCAAGUUGAAUUUGAAAAGCAUUCUUCUGAAGAAGCUGACCUCAUUAAAAAGCAGAAGGAGCUCGAGAAUGCUGAUAGUGAUGAAACUAAAAAGAGGUUAAAAGAAGAGUUAGAAGAAGCAUUUUCAGCUGCUAAGAGACGAUCGAUAGGAAACAUACGGUUUAUUGGUGAACUUUUUAAAUUAAACAUGUUAACAGAGAAAAUUAUGCAUGAUUGUGUUAGUAAUUUGCUAAAAUCCAGAGAUGAAGAGAGUUUAGAGUGUUUAUGUCGCUUGUUGAAAACAGUUGGCAAGGAAGUGGAUUCCGACGUAUCAAAAGGUACUAUGAAAAUAUAUUUCCAACAAAUGAAAGAAAUUGUUAGUGAAAAGAAGACCUCAUCACGGGUACGUUUCAUGUUACAAGAUGCUAUUGAACUACGCGAGAACAAUUGGGUUCCAAGAAGGGCUGAGAAUAACCCAAAGACAAUACAGCAGAUCCAUUUAGAGGCUGCACAAGAAGAGAAGGAACGUAAAUUACUCCUGGAAAAUGCAGCUGCAAAACAAAGAAUCCUCCAUCAUCGAGGUGUUGGUAAUGGAGCCUCUAACACAGGCAUGACUCCUGGACCUGGAGUAAGAGCAUCUCAAGGACGGGUUCCGUCAAUGGGUGGUGCAGGUGGAGUAGAGGAGGGUUGGACUCCAGUGAGAUCGUCAAAACUUGACAUAAAUAAAUUACGACUGCCAUGGAAAAAAAAUGAAAAUGUUCAAUUGGGUCCUGGUGGAGGAAAUCCUGCUGGUUGGGGUCGUGGAAGCAGUGGUGGUCUUAAAGGUACACAGGAAUCAUCAGAGAAACCUGUAAACAGGUUUUAUGCCUUGAGCCGAAAUGAUGAUGACAGUCGAACUUCGAUAUAUCCCCGAAGGGGAGCCAGCCCUGGUCGAAGUGAAAUUGGACGUUCUUUGACAUCAAGUUCCAGUGCAAGUAGUAGUGGCUCUAGAAAUAAGAUUUCAUUACAAUCUGAAGAAGGUGAUAAAGAUAGUGGAUUGGCAAGGAAUAUUCAUAAUAGAGGCAGUAGAACUUUAUCACAGGUUCCUAGCAGAGAAAGCAGUCAAUCUCGAGAAAAAUCAUCAAAGAAAACUGUUGAAAUUUUAAAUGAAUUUUUCAGUUCUAAUAAUUUGGAAGAGGCAAAGCUCAGCAUUCAGGAACUUUCUGAUCAACAAAAGUUUGUAGUUGAUGCUUUUAACCUUAUUUUGGAACGAUCAGAAGCUUCACGGAAACAGUCAGGAAAACUUUUCUCAGUUAUAUUGAAAGAAAAAAUUAUUGAGGGUAAACGAUUUACUCAAGGCUUAAUGGAAAUUCUAGAAAUUGCAGAGGACAUGCAGAUUGAUAUACCUAAAAUUUGGCAAUAUCUUGGUGAGCUCAUUAGUCCUGUAAUACAAGCAGGCGGUAUGCCUUUGAGUUUUUUGAAAAUGGCAUGUGAACCUUUGAAGAAAUCAAAUUUAGGUGGUAUAUUACCAUCAGAAAUAUUAAAGGAUCUUUGUAAGACGAUGGGACAAGAUAAAGCAGCAGAAUUAUGGCAAUCAUCAAAAUUACAAUGGUCUGAUUUCUUAGAUGAGAAAGAUAUUGAUUCAUUUAUAAAAGAGAAGAAACUUGAAUAUACACUCGGGGGAAGUGUUUCCAAACCAGUGCCAGGUUCCUUGACAAUAGCCAACAUUCAAUCAAAGUUAACUGAAUUAAUAUCUAAAUCUGAACAGUCUGAGAAUGAGAUAACUGCCUGGAUAGAGGCUUAUGUCUCAGAGCAACAGAAGAAAGAUCCUUUGGUAAUCCGUGCUAUUAUGACUGCAGUAUGUUCAAGUUGUCUCUCAGGUCCAAAUUUCAUGCCUCAAGAACAAAAGUUGCGUGGUUAUUCCAGUUUACUUAAAAAGUAUUUGAAAAAUAAAGACGACGAGGUGCAGGCCCUAUAUGCGCUCCAGUUAUUGGAUACCAAACUGGAGCACCCACCAAGUGUCUUAAAAAAAUUAUUUGUUAUAUUAUAUGAAGAGGUAAUUUCUAAACAAGCCUUCAUCAGUUGGGGAACGGCUUCUGAGCCUGCUGAGAUGGAAGGUCGAGGUGUUGCUCUUAAACAAGUCUCUCACUUUUUACAUGACCUAGAAAAAGUUGAUGAUGAUGAGGAAAUUGAUGCAGAUGACAGUUGAUUUUUAAAAAAUAACAUUUUUUUUUAGGUAAAGAAAACAUGGAAAAACAUGAAACACAUAUGCCCACACACAAAUGUGUGUAUGCACAUGAGCAUAUAUAUGUGUGUGUGUGUAUAUAUGUAUAUAUGGGUGUGUGUGUGCGUGGGUGUAUAUAUAUAUACAUAUUAUAUACAUAUGUGUAUGUAUUUAUA